GUUGCAUUUGUAGGGGGGAUUGACCUUUGCUUUGGUCGUUGGGACACACAUAAUCACGAACUAACUGAUAACUAUCCCUGUCAUCCGUGUGCUGUUGCUGAGAAAAACCAGUGUGAUAUAAGUGAGAACGAAGGGAUCAAGUUUUGUCGUUGGGUGGGCAAGGAUUAUGGCAACACAUUUGAAGGGGGUUGUAGGACUGAGCUAGACCGCCCAAUUGACGACUACAUAGACAGAAGCACUGUCCCCAGAAUGCCGUGGCAUGACGUUGGCUGCUCAUUUACUGGACAGCCAGUUAGCGACGUGAGUAAGCAUUUUAUACAGCGAUACAAAUCUAUUAAGCGUGAUGACCAUUAUGACCUGGAUGAAGAUGAAAGGUAUCCUGAUAUUAGUUAUACUAUUCAAGAUCCCUAGUGCUAACAAUCUAAGGAUCCAGGUUCUUCGGUCAGUUGACAGAUGGUCGGCUGAUGAAAAUCAUGAAGCUUCUAUAUACAAUGCAUAUCUUCAUGCGAUUGAAAAUGCCCAACAUUCUAUUUACAUAGAAAACCAGUUUUUUAUUUCGUCUCAAUCCGGAGUUUUCCUUAAAGUAGAGAACCAGUUGUUGUCUGCAAUGGCUAAAAGGAUUGCCCGUGCAUAUCGAAAUGGUGAAGAUUUUCAUAUUUAUGUCAUCAUGCCAUUAAAACCAGAAUUUCCCGGUGAAUGGGACACUAAAAGUGGAAAAGACUUAAGUAAAUUAAUGAUUGUCGAUGACAAGAUCACCAUAAUCGGAUCGGCUAACAUCAAUGAUCGCAGUAUGCUUGGAAGUAGGGAUUCCGAAGUAGCAGUUAUGAUAGAAGACGUCCAAGUUAUGGAUGGAAGAAUGAAAGGUCACUCAUUUCCUGUUGGAAAAUUCUCCCACAGUCUUCGCUGCCAUCUAAUGAGGGAGCACCUCGGUUUGCUUGAUGAUGAAAGUUAUAAUAUGUCUACAAACUUAAAAGUGGAAGAUCCGUUAGAACUUCAUCCACGUUUUGGGGAAGUAGCCCUAGCAAAUACUCUCACCUUUGAGCGAGUCUUUGGUGGUAGGAUAACUCCCACAGAUCAUGUAUGGAAUUUUGACGAUCUAAAAAAUCGUGUAUCUAUACCAGGCCUUGUAGAUUUUGACGUAAAUGAAGCUAAAAAAGAAUUGAGCAAUAUUCGAGGGAAUAUUGUUAUCUACCCACUUUUGUUUUUAGCAGAGGUUCUCAAGCCAUCGUAUUUGGAUAUGUUUAGCAUGUAUGUUGAUACUCGUGGUGAUACCAAAGAUUUAAACUUUGAUACUGAAAAAACUUUCGUUGCUUGAUCACUGCAUAGUUUUUGAACACUUGCACCGUAGCUAUUUAGGACCCCCUGUAUAUACUUGCUCUCUUUUCCCUCUACAAAGACAUGUUAAUUGUAUCAUGAGCUUAUUGUGUAAUGAUCAUGAAAUAAUUAU